AGUAAGUUGCUUUACGGGAAAAGCCUGUUCCAAUUUAGUCUGGAAUUGCCCUACUUUAGACUUUUUCUGGUUAUCAAUCUGUACAAAGAAUCACCAAACUGAUACAGCGUGGACCAAACUGAUAAAUCAGGCUGCCGAGACAACGUGUGUAAUUCGAUCGAAAAAGAAACGGACAACCUCUCAAGCACAUCGGGUAAUUGACAAAGGAUUUUACGACACAGUGAGAGAUAGGAUAAUGUAUAUAAAAAUAAGCAAGAAUCACAGGAAAUUCACAUGUCCAACCACCUGGAUGAAAUUGUUGCUGCCGUCAGCAUAACACCUAGAAAAAUGCUCCAAAACAAGCUGCCUCAGACAGCACUGUUUCAGCCUCCUCAAGAGAAACUCCACCUCUGUGAAGAGAAAGCAAAGUCCUAUUCUAGCAGUCAUGAGUAUAAACAGGCUCUCCAGGAGCUUAUGCGCUGUGUGGCGCUGACAAGGAUCUGCUAUGGUGACUCACACUGGAAACUGGCCAAGGCGCAUGUUAACCUGGCUCAGGCCUACCUCCAGCUGAAAGGACUGUCACUGCAAGCAAAACAACAUGUGGAAAAAGCCAAAGAAAUCCUCACCAACUCCAUUGUGCAUCCCUACAAUGAUAAUACAGAUGUUUUCAAGUGUUCGGUUGAGUUAUUCCAUACCAUGGGGAGAGCCUUACUGUCCCUUCAAAAGUUUAAGGAAGCUUCAGAGAAUUUGACAAAAGCAGAGAGACUUUCAAAGGAGCUGCUGCAAUGUGGAAGGAUUAUAAAGGAAGAAUGGAUAGAAAUUCAAACGCAGAUCAAAUUGUCAUUUGCACAGGUAUAUCAAGGUCAGAAGAAAUCAAAAGAAGCUCUGCCCCACUACCAAGAGGCUUUAGAAUAUAUUGUGAUCAGUAAAGGUGAAAAAAGUCUUGAGUGCGUACCAACAUUGAGGGAAUUGGCAGGUGUAGAACAAGCCCUGGGAUUUCACAACGCAUCCAUCAACCACCUUUUACAGGCACAUCUCAUCGUCCUGAGCAGAAACCCCUCUCAAGAGGAGGCAGCCAUGUCCGCACACUCUGUCGCCUGUGCUGCUGUCGCUUCUGGGAGGCCUGAGCACCAUGAUGUGGCUGAGCAGUAUUUUCAAGAUAGCAUGGCUAAUCUUAAGGCUGCUGAAGAGAUAGGAAAAGCCAAAUUUCUUUCAAUUCAAGAUGAUUAUUGCCAUUUUCUACAAGUCACUGGACAAAAAGAGAGAGCUACCUCCAUCCUGAGAGAGUCCCUGGAGGCCAAAGUGGCAGUGUUUGGCGAUCUCAGUCCCGAGGUGGCAGAGACAUACCGGCUCCUGGGGUGGGCUGACCUGGCACAGGGGAACAAGAGCAGGGCCCACAAGAAACUGAAGAAGUGUCUUCAGAUCCAGACCCUGUUAUAUGGACCACAGGACAAGAGGACUCUGGCCACCCAGCAGACCAUGGAUGGCCUGUCCAAGGCCCCUGAGAAGGCCGUGAAGCCUCGGCAGCACCCAAGAGCCAAGGCGGCCUUCUGCACCGGCAGGCCGCAGCACACCGCGCUGGGGAAGGCCAGGCCCAACGCAGCCGACUGAGCCCACCCCCACCAAAAGCUCUGCUCAUGCCUGGGUGCUGACAGUGCUCUAUCAAUCUCUCUCCAUCCGGAAGGUGGACUUCAACAGUCAUUGGACAGAUUUUCUAGGCUGUUUGCUCCAAAUGCAACAGCGACCCCAUAAACCUCCCAUGGGCCACCUUUUGACAGUGGAUGCCCUUCCCAGUGAUCUGGCGCUGCUAUAAAGCAUUUUUCUUUUUACCACCUUAGUGGUUUUUCUUGCCAGCAAGAAUUUUUACCCAUCAGCACUACUGUGGCUGAAAGGCUUCUCUUCAAAAGUUUGGAACUUCCUGUGUAGGAAGGUAGACUCAACAUGUGAUCUCACACACAAACACACACACACACACACACACACACACACACACUCUCUCUCUCUCUCUCUCCUCUCUCUCUCUCUCUCUCUCUCUCCUCUCUCUCUCUCUCUCUCUCUCUCUCUCUCUCUCUCUCUCUCUCUCUCUCUCUCCCUCUCUCUCCCUCUCUCUCUCUGUAUAGCCCCUUGGGCAGGCCUGGAGUCAGAUCUGGAGCAGUAAGAUUCUGGGGAAAGCCCUUUCUUAUAGGAAGGUAUUAGGGAUUCAGAAUAAAAUGCUAAUAAAAGGAAAUUUGGAAGUCCUGGGGUCAGUGUUUGUAAAAUGAAGCUGACUCAGACAUCCUCGGAGCCUGGAAAGGGGCACUGAGGAAGCUUCUCCUCACUCGUGCACUCAGGCACUUAUUGAAUCUGGUUGAGCACCCAGGAUGUACCAGGCGUGUGCUAAGAACUGAGGGCACAAUGACAAACAGGACAGAUACACUGUCCCCAUCCUCUCAGAGCUUGCCAUCCAACAUGGACGCUAGUCAUUAAACAUAUAAUAGUGGAGUUGGUUUAUGACAACUGAGGGAAAGAGCCCGGUACCACGGGGUAGGUGAUAAAUGGCCCUGACUUUUCCUAGAGGUCAGGGAGGGAGGUGUAAGGGAGUGAAGAGAGCUGAGCAGGAGUGAGGCGGGCACGGAGGAGCUGCAAGGAGGGAUGCUGACUCCCUGCUGCUGCCAACUGUGGCCGCCACUCUGGAGAGCUUUUUUUUUGGAGUUGGCACAGCCCUUGGCCCCCUACUCUCCCAGUUGUGUUCCCAUGUAGGGGGUAAAAGGGUGAGGUGAGAUAAGUGCUCAUGUCCACAGUGGUCUUUAGUCUCUUGGAGGGGAGGCCAUCGUCAUUUGAGAAUGGAAAGAUAGAGGGACAUGUUUUGAGCACCUCUCUCCACGCUGUCAGUGGUGAGGUCCCGUGCCGGAACGAGGUGAAUGAGCGCACAGAGGGUGGGAAUGGGGUGUAGGCAGUGCUGUUCCUUCUCGUCCCCACCCUAAUCCCAUGGGCUGGGGCCCAGCAGGGCUGCAGGCUGCUACUAAUAUGGCAGCAGGAUGCAGCACGGCCCCCUCCCGCUCCAACACCCAGUAGGAAAGCCAAAACCACUCUGGGUCCAUUUGUGCUGGCCACCUUGAGAACUGAUGGGGGAAAUAAACCAAAGUUUCGUGGCAGGGUGGAGGGAGGCUGGGUCCCUUGUCCUCGACAGUGUGACAGCUGACUAUACAGGCCACCCCUGCUCGUACUCACCCAUCCCAGAUAGGCCUGUGGGAUGAAGGCACCAUUCAAAGAAGGCGUGAGGGCUUCCCUGGUGGUGCAGUGGUUGAGAGUCCGCCUGCCGAUGCAGGGGACACGGGUUUGUGCCCCGGUCUGGGAAGAUCCCACAUGCCGCGGAGCGGCUAGGCCCGUGAGCCAUGGCCGCUGAGCCUGUGCAUCUGGAACCUGUGCUCUGCAACGGGAGAGGCCACAACAGUGGGAGGCCCGUGUACCACAAAAAAAAAAAAAAAAGGCGUGAGAUGUCACUACUCACCAAGUGUUCUAUCUAGUUCAAGACAUGGGUUUUGAUGUGGAUGGUGGAAAAGCAUUUUAAAUAUAUAUCACACGGAGUCUGCCUCAAAAAUGUUUGUGCACCUCAGAAAUUCCUAUGCUGAAGCCCUAAAGCCCAAUGUGAAAGUAUUUAAGCUGGGGCCUCUGGGAAGUAAUUAGUACAUGAAGGUGAAGCCCCACAAAUGGGAUUAGUGCCCUUAUAAGAAGAGACACAAGAGAAAUGAUCUUUCUACCAUGUGAGGGCACAGCAUGAAGGCAGCCGUCUGCAAACCAGAAGAGGACCCCCACCAAGAAUGAAUCCACCAGCACCUAGGUCUUGGAUUUUGAGCCACCAGACCUGUGAGAAAUAAGUGUCCAUUGUUUAAGCCUCCGGCCUGUGGUAUUCUGUUAUAGCAGCCUAAGCAGUCUAAGAGUCCACACUAGGUUUUUGAAAAAACAAAAUGUAAAUUAUGAUGUUACUUCUUCCUCUAUUUCUUGUAGGAUAAUAUUUUGGAAUCACAGAAACUAAAACACUUUUUAAAAAAUUUAGCCACCACCCUGAGAAAGAAUGAAUUUAGGAAUGUUCCAUCAAAUGUCUCCCAUCUAUUAAAUGUUUUAACUUCAAAAUGAAAGGAAGAGUCUACCUAUUCAUGUUUUGGUUUAUUUUGUUUUUGUACAACGCUACAAACAGGUAAGGGUAUCUACUCCUUUGUCUCAAACUAGUGCACUUUUUUCAAGCUCCUAAGAGAUGGGCAUGAUUAGCCAUUCCGGUUUGCACUUAAGAUUAGUAAUGAACCAUCAUGGUGUGCUCAGGACUGUU